AUAACUCUAAUCUCAUCUGCUUCAAUCAAAGAUGGUGUGGGUUCGAGUUUCAUCACUUCACCGGCCGGUGUUAAGAAACUUUUGUCAUUACAAAGCUCUUUCUCGAAGCUUUAGUGCAACGAUAUCUAAACAUAGGGGCGUGGUCGUGGGUGUGUACGAGGAAGGUGAGGGGAUCCAGCUAAGUCAGGCAGGGGAGACAAUCAACAAGCAAUGUGGCGGACAGUUACAGCGCCAACUCAAACAAGCUGGGAGGAAGUUGAAGGCUGGCAAGACCCGAGUGUUGUUCGGGCUGGACGAGGCGGGGUUCUCAUCCGUGGCUGUGGUGGGGGUGGGGAAGAAGGGCGUCGGCUACAACGAGCAGGAGCAGGUUGAGGAGGGCCGAGAGAGGGUCAGAAAGGCUGUUGCAAAUGGUGUGAGGCAGCUGUCAGAGGUCGGGGAGGUCAAUGUGGAUGUAGAUCCGUGCGGAGAUGCUGAGGCUGCUGCUGAGGGCGCCCUUCUCUCUCUCUUCUCUUAUGAUGAACUGAAGGCUAAAGAUUCUCGCAAACCACGCGUUCAUACAUCAUGCUUCACAGACCACAUAAAGGGCGACAGCACGACAACGAAAGAAUCCUGGCAGCGCGGUGUGACGUUGGCGGAGGGGCAGAACCUGGCCCGGUACCUGAUGGAGGCACCCUCCAACUACAUGACCCCCAGCAUAUUUGCCCGGUUGGCCCAGGACAAGCUAGGCAAGAGCCAGCAGUGUACAGUCACUGUCAGGAACAAGGCCUGGGCCGAGGAGCACAAGAUGGAGUCCUUCCUAUCGGUGGCCAAGGGCUCAGUAGAGCAGCCCCUCUUCCUGGAGAUCGACUAUCAGGGCGGGGCCCCAGGGGACACACCAAUUGCCCUGGUAGGCAAGGGUAUUACGUUUGACAGCGGAGGCAUCUCCCUGAAGCCUGGGGCUGACAUGGACAAGAUGAGGGCAGACAUGGGCGGGGCGGCAUGUGUGAUGGGGGCGCUUUUGGCCACAUCAAGGCUCAGGCUGCCCAUAAACAUUAAAGGUCUGAUUCCUCUGUGUGAGAACAUGCCCAGUAGCCGAGCCCUCAAACCAGGCGAUGUCGUCCGAGCUAUGAACGGGAAAACUAUACAGGUAGACAAUACAGACGCAGAGGGCAGACUCAUCCUAGCUGAUGCUCUCUGUUAUGCUGAAACCUUCAAACCCAGCCUCAUCCUUGACCUUGCCACACUUACAGGGGCUGUAGCUGUUGCCCUUGGCAGCGGCGCUACCGCAGUGUACACCAACUCCACCUCCAUGUGGGACGUCAUCCACAAGGCAGGUAGCCGGACAGGAGAUCGGGUGUGGCGGAUGCCGUUAUUCAAGCACUACACAAGUCAGGUGACCCAUUGUGACCUGGCUGACCUCAACAACAUCGGCAAAUAUUCCCGCGAAGGUGGCUCAUGUACGGCUGCAGCGUUCCUGAAGGAGUUUGUGACAAACAAGCGGUGGCUCCACCUGGACAUUGCUGGAGUGAUGAUGAACAAGGACGAGGUGCCGUACCUCGGGAAGGGGAUGGCAGGGCGGCCUACCAGGACUCUGGUCGAGUUCCUCAACACCCUGAGCAGACAAAAGCUGGACUGAGAUCUGAUGUCAGACUGACAGUGCUACACCACCAGGGGGAGACGUCACACCAUCUCGGACACGAACUCUGUCAGCACGAUCUUCCUCCUCCCUUGUCCACUAGCCCUGGGCCCCGUUCCUCAAAGCAAUCCGGAGGGAGCUGCGGUAUCAGGAUCAUUAGUCACUGUAGAGGAGCAUGCAGCAGCAUAAUGGUGGAUCAUAUGUCUACUGCUCUACUUCUGAUACGGAUAACUAUUAAUAUAUACACUCGACAUCUCAUGAGAAUCAUUUGUGUGUAUUGUGAAAGAUCCUUAUCAAAAGUGGGGGAGUAUACUUUCUCUUCAGGCCACAAUAAUUUAAUUAUCAUAUUUUCAUCCAAUUUUCUUUUAAAUGCUGGAGGGGUUUUCUUUUUUAAACACAGUAUACAUUUACAGGAAGCUUUACAUUUUGGAGGACUGGCUAUGUAGUGGCCAUGUAUUCCAAAUUACAGAAGGCAACACUUGUAGCAUGUUUUGUUUGUGUGUAGACUUGGGGUCAAUAAAAUGAUAUGAGGCAGGGUCUUUGGUAUUCUGGGCUGGGGGGUGUAGAGAGGGGGAUCUAACAAUUAGUUUAAUAUGGUCACAUGAGUAGUGAUGAUUAACAAGUGCCCCAAAAGAGUUGUACCAGGGACAACCUUUGAACAAAGCAGGAGAGUAAACAUGGAAGUGUGAUGUGUGCGAUUGUUUCCGUGUAAUAAAUAUAUACUGUAAAUCUUGAAAUUAACGCGAGCGUGAAUUAAAUGCGAAAAAUGCGAGUGGUCUUUUUUCGCAUUGUUAAACAUCGCAUUUAUAUCAACAAUAAGACAUUUUGGAUAGGAGAAAUACCAACUUAGACAUAUGCUGAAAACAAACAGCUAUGUAUUCCACAACACUGAUUUUUUUAGCAGCACUUGUAGUAAGUAUAUAAACAUUGUCAUUCAAACACUAAUUACAUCCUGUGAAUUGUCACUGCUGGGGUCAAGACAAGCGUUCUACUAACUUAUGUCAUCACUGAUCACACCUGCAAGUCCAGACAGACGCCACCCACGCAACACAGUGUCUUUGUUCUUAACGACUGCGUCAAAGGCUGACACGAUCCAGCGCGCAUGUAUUGUUUUAGCGGAAGUACUUCACUCAGCGCUUAUAAGCGGUGCUAUCUGGUGUGUGAUUGGAUUAAUGUAAGGAUGGAUUACGGUGUACCUGACAGAGGACAUUUUCUUUAUACAUAAAUCCACUGAUGCUUGAGAGGAGGGUGGAGUCGCAUUCAUAUUGAGUCGCAUUUUUGGCUAGGGACCAGCGGUCGCAU